GCAGGUCGUUGAUGGCCAUCGGACGGCAUUGAAGCCCACCUUUUGUGUGUACGCGGGUGUGCGUGACUUUCCUUUUUUGGAUUCGCUGCUGCUUGAGGCUCAACGUUGAGGCGAGGGGAACCCAUCGUUUUGUGGGCAAGAGCCUGCCCCCUCCUCCGCACUACCAUCACCACCUCUCCUCUCCCGAGACACACACACACACACACACACCGCGCCCCGAAUUCCGGUGCGUCAUGUUUGAGGGCAAAAAGACGAAAAACAUGUUCCUCACCAGAGCUUUGGAGAAGAUUUUAGCCGACAAGGAGGUGAAGAAAGCCCACCACUCCCAGCUACGGAAAGCCUGCGAAGUGGCACUCGAGGAAAUCAAAGAGGAGUCUGAAAAAUUAAGUCCGCCUAGUGGAGAUGGAAAAUCGGGUUCGGGCACUUUGCCGCCAAUCAAAUCAAAGACCAACUUCAUCGAAGCUGAUAAGUACUUCUUGCCGUUCGAGCUGGCAUGUCAAUCCAAAUGUCCCCGCAUCGUCAUCACCUCGCUCGACUGUUUACAGAAGCUGAUAGCGUACGGCCACCUGACAGGCAGUGCUCCAGACAACACGGCCCCAGGCAAGAAGCUCAUAGACCGCAUCAUUGAGACCAUCUGCGCCUGCUUCCAGGGCCCGCAGACGGACGAGGGAGUGCAGUUACAGAUUAUCAAGGCUCUGCUGACGGCCGUAACGUCGCAGCACAUUGAGAUUCACGAGGGCACCGUGCUGCAAGCCGUGCGCACCUGCUACAACAUCUACCUGGCCAGCAAGAACCUCAUCAACCAGACCACCGCCAAGGCCACGCUCACGCAGAUGCUCAACGUCAUCUUCGCCCGCAUGGAGAACCAAGCACUUACAAAUCACAAGCUAUCUUGGUCUCUGGCCUCCAGAAAGCGUGAUCGCCAGUUGCAGGAGGCAAAGCAGUUGGAACGGGAGCGGCACCGGCAGCACACAGAACCAGACUCCCCUCAAAUCCACACGCCGCCCAAAGCUCCCACCCGGGAGUCCAACGGGCCGGUCAUCACCCCAACCACCCCGAGUAUCACCGCCCUGUCCGCCCCGUCCACCCCGUCCACCCCGUCGUCGCCUUCCAUGCCGGCACCGCGGGGCGACGACGACGCCGGAAGCAGCAGCCGCUCUUCGCCCGCAGAGCGCAGGCCCGUCUACGAGAGCCCCGAUCCAGAAAAUGGUUCAGACUUUUGCGUGGCGGAAAAUGAACAGACGGAGGCCGACCAAGCCACAGCGGCAGCGCAGAAUGCAGCAGGCGAGGAGGAUGAUGAUGACGAAAGCCCCAACUAUGAGGAGAAAGCCCAAGAGAUCGUGCAGAGCAUCCUGCAGGAGGUGGUCAACACCGUGGCAGGAGGUAACUGCCUGGACGCGGCUCACCUCUGCGCAGACGCCCAGGAGCCGCCGGGCGAGGGCGAGCCGGCGGAGGCGGAGCGACUCGAAGUCGUCCCGCAGGCCGCCCAAAACUCCCUGGAGGACGAGGGCACGCUGCGGAGCGACGGCGAGCACGUUCAUCACGCCAACGGCAUCCCAGGCACGCCCAUUUCCGCCAGCUUUACGCCGUCGCUGCCUGAUGACAGACUGUCCCUCUCGUCCACUGACACUCAGGAAUCGGGAGCGACGCCGGGUCAGCCACCGGGCGCCAAGUUCUCUCACAUCCUCCAGAAAGACGCAUUCCUGGUCUUUCGCUCGCUCUGCAAGCUCUCCAUGAAACCUCUGUCGGACGGACCGCCUGAUCCCAAGUCUCACGAGCUACGGUCCAAGGUGCUGUCGCUGCAGCUGCUUCUGUCCAUCCUGCAGAAUGCCGGGCCCAUCUUCAAGACCAACGAGAUGUUCAUCAACGCCAUCAAGCAGUACCUGUGCGUGGCGCUCUCCAAGAACGGCGUGUCGUCCGUGCCAGAGGUCUUCGAGCUGUCGCUGUCCAUCUUCCUCACGCUGCUGUCGCACUUUAAGACGCACCUCAAGAUGCAAAUCGAGGUUUUCUUCAAGGAGAUUUUCCUCUACAUCCUGGAGACGUCCACAAGCUCCUUCGACCACAAAUGGAUGGUCAUCCAAACCCUCACCAGAAUAUGUGCAGACGCUCAGAGCGUGGUGGACAUCUACGUCAACUACGACUGCGACUUGAACGCCGCCAACAUCUUCGAGCGGCUCGUCAACGACCUCUCGAAAAUAGCGCAGGGACGCGGCGGCCACGAGCUGGGCACUACGCCCCCGCAGGAGCUGACCUUGCGAAAGAAAGGCCUGGAAUGUCUGGUGUCUAUCUUGAAAUGUAUGGUGGAGUGGAGCAAGGACCAGUAUGUCAACCCAAACUCCCAGACUAGCCUUGGCCAAGAGAAGCCGUCUGAGCAGGAGAGCAGCGAGACGCGGGCCCCCGAGACCAUCAACCGCUACGGCAGCAUCAACUCGCUGGACUCCACCGCCUCGUCGGGGAUCGGCAGCUACAGCACGCAGAUGUCGGGCACGGACAACCCCGAGCAGUUUGAGGUCCUCAAGCAGCAGAAGGAGAUCAUCGAGCAGGGCAUCGACCUGUUCAACAAGAAACCAAAGAGGGGGAUCCAGUACCUUCAAGAGCAAGGCAUGCUGGGAUCAACCGCAGAGGACCUGGCUCAGUUCCUGCACCAAGAGGAGCGCCUUGAUUCGACUCAAGUGGGGGAGUUUCUCGGCGAUAAUGAGCGCUUCAAUAAGGAGGUGAUGUACGCCUACGUGGAUCAAAUGGACUUCCAAGGCAAAGACUUCGUGUCGGCGCUGAGGAUGUUCCUGGAGGGCUUCCGGCUGCCCGGCGAGGCCCAGAAGAUCGACAGGCUCAUGGAGAAGUUCGCCGCCAGAUACCUCGAGUGCAAUCAGGGGCAAACCCUUUUUGCCAGCGCAGACACCGCCUACGUGCUCGCCUACUCCAUCAUUAUGUUGACGACUGACCUUCACAGUCCACAAGUAAAGAACAAAAUGACCAAGGAGCAGUACAUCAAGAUGAACCGCGGCAUCAAUGACAGCAAGGACUUGCCCGAGGAGUACCUUUCGGCCAUCUAUGACGAGAUUGCGGGCAAGAAGAUUGCCAUGAAGGAGACCAAGGAGCUGACUAUGAAGUCCAGCAAGCAGAGCGUGGCCAGUGAGAAGCAGAGGCGUCUGCUGUACAACGUGGAGAUGGAGCAGAUGGCCAAGACGGCCAAGGCGCUGAUGGAGGCCGUCAGCCACGUGCAGGCGCCGUUCACCAGCGCCACCCACCUGGAGCACGUGCGGCCCAUGUUCAAGUUGGCGUGGACGCCCUUCCUGGCCGCAUUCAGCGUGGGCCUCCAAGACUGCGACGACACCGACGUGGCGUCACUGUGUCUGGAGGGCAUCCGCUGCGCCAUCAGGAUAGCGUGCAUCUUCUCCAUACAGCUGGAGAGGGAUGCCUACGUGCAAGCACUGGCAAGGUUCACGCUUCUCACCGCCAGCUCGGGCAUCACCGAAAUGAAGCAAAAGAAUAUUGACACCAUCAAGACUCUCAUCACCGUGGCACACACCGACGGAAACUACCUUGGCAACUCCUGGCAUGAGAUCAUGAAGUGCAUCAGUCAGCUGGAGCUGGCGCAGCUCAUCGGCACGGGCGUGAAGGCGCGCUACAUCUCGGGGACGGUCCGCAGCAAAGAGGGCUUCGUGGCCAGCACCAAGGAGCAGAGCAACGACGAGUACCUGGGCUUGGGUAAGUCGGCACCCCCUCAAAGUCCAAAGCCAAACCCAAUCAAAGGUGUUGCUCACCGAUACCUCCGCUGUGCAGUUGGCGGCACGGUGGACCGCAAGCAGAUCGCCAGCAUCCAGGAGUCCAUCGGAGAGACCAGUUCUCAAAGUGUGGUGGUGGCUGUGGACAGGAUAUUCACAGGCUCGACCAGACUUGAUGGCAAUGCAAUAGUGGAUUUUGUGCGCUGGCUGUGCGCCGUGUCCAUGGAUGAGCUGGCCUCGCCCACGCACCCCCGCAUGUUCAGCCUGCAGAAGAUCGUGGAGAUCUCCUACUACAACAUGGGCCGCAUCCGGCUGCAGUGGUCCAGGAUCUGGGAGGUCAUCGGGGACCACUUCAACAAGGUGGGCUGUAACUCCAAUGAAGACGUGGCGAUUUUUGCUGUGGACUCACUCAGGCAGCUGUCCAUGAAGUUCCUGGAGAAGGGUGAGCUGGCCAACUUCCGCUUCCAGAAGGACUUCCUGAGGCCGUUUGAGCACAUCAUGAAGAAAAACAGAUCUCCUACCAUCAGGGACAUGGUGGUGCGCUGCAUCGCCCAGAUGGUCAACUCCCAGGCGGCCAACAUCCGCUCGGGCUGGAAGAACAUCUUCUCCGUGUUCCACCUGGCGGCGUCCGACCAGGACGAGAGCAUCGUGGAGCUAGCCUUUCAGACCACGGGGCACAUCGUCACGAAUGUAUUCGAAAAGCACUUUGCGGCCACCAUCGACUCCUUCCAGGACGCCGUCAAGUGCCUGUCAGAGUUCGCUUGCAACGCCGACUUUCCCGACACCAGCAUGGAAGCCAUCCGCCUCAUCCGACACUGCGCCAAAUACGUCUCGGGGAGGCCACAGGCCUUCAAAGACUACACCAGCGAUGACAUGAAUGUAGCGCCGGAGGACCGUGUGUGGGUGCGAGGCUGGUUCCCCAUCCUAUUCGAGCUCUCCUGCAUCAUCAACAGGUGCAAGCUGGACGUCCGGACCAGGGGGUUGACUGUGAUGUUCGAGGUGAUGAAGACAUACGGGCACACCUUCGAAAAGCACUGGUGGCAAGACCUGUUCAGAAUUGUCUUCAGGAUCUUCGACAACAUGAAGCUGCCCGAGCAGCAGACUGAGAAAGCGGAGUGGAUGACCACCACCUGCAACCACGCACUUUACGCCAUCUGUGAUGUGUUCACGCAGUACUUUGAGUCCCUCAGUGACGUCCUGCUGGACGACAUUUUAGCUCAGCUCUACUGGUGUGUGCAGCAAGACAAUGAGCAGCUAGCCCGCUCGGGCACCAACUGCCUGGAGAACGUAGUCAUCCUGAAUGGCGAGAAGUUCUCCGGCAAGACGUGGGAUAAGACGUGCAACUGCAUGCUGGACAUCUUCAAGACCACAAUCCCCCAUGCCCUGUUAACAUGGAGACCAGCAGAAGGCGAACACUUUGACAAGCCGCUGGAUUCUAUUUCCCAGAAGUCGCUAGACGACCAGCGCUCUGUCAACAGCGUGGAGAGCCGUCUUCAGAGCCAACAGAGCAGCGUCGCCUCUGGCCCGAGCGAGGACGCCGCCAGGGCCAGGAGCACCACGAGAGUUCAGGAGCAACGCUUGUUCGCCGCCUUGCUCAUCAAGUGCGUGGUACAGCUGGAGCUCAUCCACACCAUCGACAACAUCGUCUUCUUCCCUGCCACCAGCAAGAAGGAAGAUGCCGAAAACUUUGCCGCAGCACAGCGUGACGUGGCCAACACGUCAAACGUGGCCGCGGAGCCGCCGGACCAGGGCAUGUUCCGCUACCUGACGUCGGAGCAGCUCUUCAAGCUGCUGGACUGCCUGAUGGAGUCGCACCGCUUCGCGAAGGCCUUUAACUCCAAUAAUGAGCAGAGGACGCUGUUGUGGAAAGCUGGGUUUAAAGGCAAGUCGAAGCCCAACCUGUUGAAGCAGGAGACGGGCAGCCUGGCGUGCGGCCUGCGCAUCCUCUUCCGCAUGUAUACUGACAAUACGCGGCGGGACGCCUGGGAGGAGGUCCAGAGACGACUGCUCGACGUGUGUGGCGAGGCGGUGGCGUACUUCCUGGCAUUGACCUCGGAGAGCCACAGGGAGGCCUGGACCAACCUCCUCCUCCUCUUCCUCACGAAGGUUCUGAAGAUCAGCGACCAAAGGUUCAAGGCUCACGCGUCGCGGUACUACCCGCUUCUGUGCGAGAUCAUGCAGCUGGACCUCAUCCCGGAGCUGCGUGCCGUCCUGAGGAAAUUCUACCUGCGAAUCGGCCUGGUGUUCGGCAUCGCGCCCGAGCCCCAACCUCAACCUCGACCGGCCCUACAGGAGCAUCGCGCCAACCCAGAGGAGGCAGAGGAAGCUCUGUGACGCCACCUACCUGCAGCCCUUCAUCCACUUUGACUAUCAGCACGAAAAACUAAAACAAGUCUGGUUUGUAGCGAUUUCCGCCUCCGCCACCAUAACUCUGAGCUGCUCAGACGGAAUUUAUUUAAAAAUAAAGAAAUAAAUCAAAUAAAAAUGUGCUUCUUACUGUAUAUUUAAUGUAUCUAAAUGAUUGCAAAGACAUAUUCAAAAACCAUGAUGAAAUGUGACCUCUCUCUCCACACGGCUAACGUUCAUAUCCAAAUGUACAGAUGUAAUAAUCUGAUAACACUAGAUUGUUUUAAUUUUUUUAAUAUUAUUAUUUGUUGAUGCACUUGACCUCCAUUCGAAAUGCACUGGAGAUUUUACUUUUUACCCCUCCGCCCCUGAUUUGACUAACAUCUCACGGUUAAGUGAAGGCUUCAUUAAAUUAUUCCAUUUUAUAUGUUGGUACUGUUUGGUUUUUAACUGGAAGAUGAGAGAGCAACCCGAUGCUAGCUGCUUGAAAAAAGAAAGAUUAUUAGUCUGUUUUCAUGUUUGACUUUAGUUUUCACUCCUGUGUGUACAAAAAAAUCGAAAAUAAUAUAUUUAAUUUGGGUUUUUUUUCUUGGGUUUUGGGAGAAAGUAACAUGUAUAGAGAGAGGGGGGGGGGAGGGUAAAUGAGUGAUGAUGUUAGCUGUGCUUUACGUGUGAAUGGGACGCAUUCCCGCUCAUGGAUGUAGAAAACAAAAAUGUAUAUGAUGCAGCAAUGUAAAGUUUUCUAUGUUGCAAAAAAAAAAUGUACAACUUUGUGUACGAUACAUUCUCUGGCAUUCUAAUCAGGUUCUAGGUCAAUAAAGUUUUUUUGAACUUG